CCCGAGGACCAUGCGAAAUGACCAUGUCCUUUUAUUGCAUGAUUGGAUUCACAGGUCGUCGUCGCGUUGCGGAGGUGGUACUGAGCCGGUGGCAGGGGCUUUAUUACUGCUACAGCGCUUCCAUGCAGUGGAUGUGGAAAUGAGUGUAGUCUCACACUCGGGCUUGGGAGCCGAGUUCGAGUAGCAGAAUCCUCCUCCCUUUGCUUAGAUGGGGGAAACAUGGCAUGUGGAACUGAGAUGGUUGCUGAGGCUUUGAUUAGAUGCCAGAGGGUAGUAAUAACUGUCAUCAGCAAAGGUGCUCUUUUUAGCUGGAACCCUACACGGUGGACCAAGCUUAAGCUUCACAUUGCAGCAUGUAGAGUCUGGUGCUCGUUUGUGGCACAGGAGAUUGGGGAGGGAGGGGAGACAACCUUUGUUGGAAGCUGUGACAGUGAGAGGGAGGGGGAGAACGAGAACGGAGGGUCGGAGAUCCGACUCGUUUCGCUUGAGAUGCCAGAUCUCGUCUCGGGGGGUCCCAUCGGGCAGCACGCGGGGCCCACAAGGGAGGCUACACUUACACUCGCGCGGCAGCCGCGCCCGACCCGUGCCACGUUCCCGCUGCUCUUGCUUCGAGGCGCCUCCACGUGGUCCCCCGCUUUCAGCCCGUCCCACCUGCGUUCUACCCGGUCGUUUACUUAAUGUGGGACCUUCUCCUUCUCCAACGGG